CGCCGGGGGUUCCGUCUGCUCUUGAUCAGAGAUAUUGAGGUCUAUGAUGCUAUAUGGAAUAUAAUGUCAUCCGAGAGGGUUCAAUGCAGACUCGAAGGCCCCGCGAUGGCCUGGGCACAGACUUGGCAAGGGAACGAGGCUGAGGCCACCUCAGGGAGGACGUCAUAGACCAUUCAUCGUGCGCGCGAACGACGAUCAUGUCUAUAAGAGGAAACCCGAGGAAACCAGUGCGCGGUCGUCCUACCUCAUCCUACCCGUCAUCAUCAUGGGCGGCGGACGACUGGCCCAGGCGCAGCCACGGUCUCAAAGCAGCUCAAGUGCAAGCACAACAUGUUCGCUAUCGAGCACUUCGACGGCCAACAUGGCGACACGAGAACAGCUGAACGACAUGCUACGCUACAUCAAGAUGAAGUGGACUGUCCUCACUCGUUCACCCUCGGAUAUCCUCGCUAUCGUCGAAGAUCCCAAAUGGCCACUCAGGAGCGAUAAGGACAAGUGGCCGCUGUAUGUCGCGCCUACAGAGGAUGCGGCCAAAGUCAAGCUCAUCAUCGACACGCUCAAUUUACCCGCCGAUCGUGCAAAGGUCGAAGUGAUACAGCUCAGAGAACUCAGUGUUGAUGCUGUGAACGGUCAUCAUGGUGCUCUGUGGUUGCCGUACCCGUAUCCUGUACCGGGCGGCAGAUUUGCCGAGCUGUAUGCCUGGGACGGAUCUCUGGCGACAUUUGGCAUCCAAGCGGACGGUCUCACCCAUCUGGCGCAGUCGACGCUAGACGCCUACACCUACAGCAUCGAUCACUACGGAUUUAUAUUGAAUGGCAACAGGACUUAUUACUUGUCACGCUCGCAACUACCUUUCUACACAACCAUGGUCGUCCGUGAUCAGCGCUUCCAUCAAGACCAAGCUUGGCUUGCGCACGCCUACGCAGCAGCCAAGACCUACUACGCAUAUUGGACACAAGGUCCCCAUUUCGUCCGGUCGACGGGCUUGUCGCGCUUCUUCGAUCUCGGACGUCCGGGUUCUGCGCCGCCCGAGGUUGACUCGCACGAAAAGGAUUCAGACGGAAAGACAGCUCACGACCGCGUCAAAGCCUACUAUCGAGCGCAUUGGAGAGAAGGCAUACCCGACUACGAUAUUCUGAAACGAUACGAUCCGGAGACCGAUCAGUUGACUGCAGAGUACUUUGACAAUGAUCGAGCGAUGCGCGAAUCGGGCUUCGACACGUCUCGCCGCUUCGGCAUGUUUGGUGCAAAAGUACUCGACAUCAAUCCCGUCUGCCUCAAUUCCUUACUUUACGCGAUGGAAACCGAGCUGGCCAUGAUCGCAAAGAAGCUCAAUCGAGUUGCCGAGGCGAAGAGAUGGACCGGAGCAGCAGAAGAGAGGAAAGCGCUAGUGAACAAGUAUAUGUGGAACGAGCGGGAUGGACUCUUUUACGACUACGAUCACGUGCGCGAGGCUCAAACAGAUUACUGCUUCGGUACGACGUUCUUGCCUCUUCACGUUGGCCUGGCUAGCGCAGAGCAAGCCGCAAAAGUACGCAGGAACGCUCUGCGACGGCUCGAAGUCGCAGGCGGAUUGAUGACUUCGGAUCGGUACACAAGGGUACAGUGGGAUGCGCCGUACGCAUGGGAGCCGCUGCAAUACUUUGCUGUGAGCGGACUGGAUAGGUAUGGAUUCAAAGAAGACGCCAAGCGGAUAGCAGCCAACAACACUUCGAUGAUGCUCAAGAUCUUCCUCAAGACUGGCGAGAUCUGGGAAAAGUACAACGCUGUCGAACGUAAUGAAGAGGUUCACCUCGAUUUCGGAUAUUCGAGCAACGAGCCUGGCUUUGCGUUCAGCAAUGCUUUUGCAACCAUCUUUGCGCGCUAUGUCGGCCUUGACGAUGCCAGUCUGUUGCACCUCGAUGGCAUCCCGGUACCAGCGCAUGUAUAGCCACCGAACACAGACUUGUAUGCAUGUCCAUUACGCAUUGACACUCACUCGGCAGCGAGCGGCUUGCGAGCAACAACGAGCAUCAUCGGCGUGAAGAUCUUGAGUUGGCCAGCUUCGGAAAGCGACCAGGCUGCCACUGUGAGCGAUUUGACGCAAGCGCGCGUGCCUUUGGGCGCAAGUCUGAGCAACUCGAGCAGACCGACAAAGAGACAGCUGAGCCACAUGGCGACACUGCUCGUGCGAAUGACGGUAAAGAUGUCCAUGAAGCUU